AUGUCCACCGCCCGCAACAAGGGCAUCGUGUGCCCCGUCGGUAACAGGGUCUUCCGCGCAUGCUCCCUCGUCCCCGCCGCCCUCCCCUCGCUCAUGGCUCCGCCCAUUUGGGCCUCGCAGGAGCAGGCCGCACGCGCCGCACAGCUGACACACGCCUUCCAUCAGUCCGACGCAGCAAAGGUCGCGCGCGCUUCGGCUGCCCCCUCGAGCCAGGGCCGCAAGCGCAAGCGCUUCCCCGUCCGCAAGCGCCGCCCCGUCCAGCGCCGCAUCGUCCGUCACUACGUGGCAGAGCCCGAGACGCUCAAGGCCAUCAAGUCGCGGAGCACGUGGCCGGCCAACAAGCCGUCGUCCUCCUACGCCGGCGCCUAUCAUCACCACAACGAAAUGUUUGCCCGCAGAGCCGCCGCACGCAACGCCCUCCCGCCCUGGAUCUCCACUGCCACAUCACCCAAGCGCGACUCGUCGGCCGUUCUACAGCAUGCCGGCGCCUUUACCCGCGCCACCGCACACAUCGCCCUCGCCCACUACAUCGAGGCCCAGGAGGUCAAGGCCGCAGGCGGCCUUACUGGUGCUCCUGCCACCUCGGGCGAGAUGCCGUCCCCCGAUUGGGCUGCGGGCCCGCAGAACGCCUUUGGCUCAACCAACGCCGCCCUCGCCCUCUUUUACCAGAUGCAGAUGUCCAUCACCGCCCAGAUGCAGCACUACAUGCAGAUGAUGGCCGUGGGCGCAGUCCCGCCGGGUGCCACCCUCCCGCCCGGCUUUCCGGCUCCCAUGGCCGCCGCUAUGGGCUUGUCCGUCCCUCCCGCAGACGCGCCUGCAUCGGCCACACUCACUUCCGCUCCUGCCACCACGCCCUCGGCCUCGGCCUUCUCCCAGACCGGCGCCACCGCCGAGGGCGCCAAGCCCACCGACAUGGACACCGAGUAG